UCCCUGGGCGCCCUGUCCUGGAGCCAUGGGGCCCACCUAGCCUCUGCCUGCCCGGAUGUCCGGGCCCCGGGACGGCUGAUCUCGGCUGCAGGGGGAUCUCCUGCAACGCCCCCUGGCCAGCCUCAGAGGCCAGAGACCCUGGGUGAGCCCCUGGGCCCGACCUCAGGCCCAGGGCAGCUGCCCACACCCCCCUGCCCCUGCCCCUCUCCUCCUCCCCCGCCCCUUCCUCCUCCUCCGAGGACCGGACCUGAGAAGCCACUGUGGCCGCUGGGGGGGGCCCUUCCCCCCAAGCUUUUGCCCGCCUCCCCCAGGAGUCCACAGGGCAGCCAGGAUGCUGUCCCCUCGCCACCCCCCCGGCCCCACCCAACUCCCCCCCCCACCCGAGCACCCAGCCUGACUGGAGACAGCCGGAUGCCGGCUGACCCGGGGCCCGAGGCGGGCGGUGGCUGGCCAGGCUUCCUCAUGUCCUGCCUGAAGGGCCCCCAUGUCAUCCUCAAGAUGGAGGCCAUGAAGAUGGUCCACCCUGAGAAGUUCCCCGAGCUGCAGGCGGCCGCCCCCUGCUUCCCACCUGCGCCCCGGCCCGCCCCAGCUCUGGCACCCAAGCGAGCCUGGCCCUCAGACACAGAGAUCAUCGUCAACCAGGCCUGUGGGGGGGACAUGCCCGCCCUGGAAGGGGCGCCCUGCACCCCGCCUCUGCCACGGCGGCCCCGCAAGGGCAGCGCCGAGCUAGGCUUCCCCCGGGUGGCGCCAGCGGACGAGGUCAUCGUGAACCAGUACGUGAUCCGGCCUGGCCCUGCGGCCCCGGGGGCCCCUGCGGCGGCGGUGGCCGCGGCUGCGGGGGAGCCUCUGGAGUGCCCGACGUGUGGGCACACGUACAAUGCCACGCAGAGGCGGCCCCGCGUGCUGUCCUGCCUGCACUCCGUGUGUGAGCAGUGCCUGCAGAUUCUCUACGAGUCCUGCCCCAAGUAUAAGUUCAUCUCCUGCCCCACGUGCCGCCGCGAGACUGUGCUCUUCACUGACUACGGCCUGGCCGCCCUGGCCAUCAACACAUCCAUCCUGAGCCGCCUGCCGCCUGAGGCGCUGACCGCCCCGUCGGGUGGCCAGUGGGGUGGUGAGCCCGAGGGCAGCUGCUACCAGACCUUCCGGCAGUACUGUGGGGCCGCGUGCACCUGCCACGUGCGGAACCCGCUGUCUGCCUGCUCCAUCAUGUAGCGCCCACCAGCCUGCCUGCCACCGCCCGCCAGUCCUUGCUCGCCGCUGCUUCAGAGGUCUGGCCCUGCCCUGUUGCCCGCUAACCCCGUGCCCACCACAGCUUCUGGCCCCACCCGUGUGGCUUUGUCGCUGCAGCCAACUCUGCCAUUAAAACUCUUUGCCAAAGCCUGCACCU